AUGGCGACCGAAGAUAAAAUUCGUCAGAAGGAAUGUAACUUUACAACCAAAAAAGUGGUAGGUUUGUUUACAGCCACACAGGCAUGGUACCCAGGAUCUGAUCACUACUGGCCACUAAACGAAAUAAGAUACAACCAAGUGUAUGAUCACAGGUACUUUAACGGAUGGUGGAAUGGGUAUAUCAGAGGUAAUGCCGAGAUCACAUGGUCUUCACCUCAAAUCGGCCUAGAUCUAUAUGGUCCAGAUACAUGGAUCGACUUUGGUGCUAGAUACAACUCCUGUUAUGUGGACGUGAAAUAUUGCAACCAAACUGGUUUUAGCGUUGCAUUUUGGGUAGCUUUCCAAGAGUCUUCGACUUCGCACGGUUUAAUCGAAUUUGGAAGUGGUGAUUGCGGGCUCAGCUUCGCCCGAACACCUGAAAAUGAGAUAAAUGCAACAAUUAAAAGCAUGGAAUUAAACACCACUUGGAGUUUGCAAAGCGUAAAUGCAAGUGUUCGUCACGGAAUGUGGCACCAUCUGGCACUGACCUGGAACGCUUCUGGUGAAGCACAUCUUUUUAUCAAUGGCACAAGAUUGAACAAUGUAACCAAGCUCACAAUUUCUCAUGUCUCCUGUUCUCACUCAAAUUGCACGUGUGAUUGGUCAAUGAAAGCCGGUAACGUGCCAACUUUCCGCAACUCAAGUACCCAAUCAUAUCCGUCCUUGUUGCUCGCCAGGCUGGUUUUAUGGCAUUAUGCUGUUAAUAAUGAAACAGUUCUCGAUUCAUCGCGAGGUGUACAAGGAUUAUUUCUCUCGAACAGAGGGUGCUACGGCGGUUGGAUUGCUAACUUACAAUUUUGCUACUACAUCCCACCUAACUCUGAAAAGACGUGGUACGAGGCGAGGGAAAGUUGUGUUAAAAAAUAUCGAGGAAAUCUAGUCAGCAUUGGGAGCUUAGAGGAAGACAAUUUCUUGGAGGAUGUGCUGCUGCAGACUGGAAAUGUGCCAAGUUGUAUGUACAUUGGAUUGCAGACUGGUCGUGUAGGCUUAACACCGUCUUGGGUAGAUGGCAACUUUUGGAACUUCUCAAAACUCAGCACCAAGUACGACCUGGAAAACAGCACUGAUUUGUGCGCAUACCGAGGCUCGGAUGGUUUGUGGCAUCUGUCCAACUGCAGCAAGAAAUGUCGCUUUAUCUGUAAGAGAUAUAGAGGUGGCUUAUUCAAAAACGCCGAAUUUCGUUGUCGAGAGAGAAGAUACAACCGCCAGCUCGUAGGACACCGCUUGUCCAUACGAUGGGUGCUGAAUGAGCUGGAUUGUGCAAUGGACUGCUUGAUUUAUGGCUCAACAUGUGCAUCAUACAACUAUAAACAAAACGACUCGUCUUCAAGUAAGCAAAAUAUCUGCGAGCUUAACGACGCAAAUCAGCACAAAAAUCCCGCGAGUCUGAUCUACAGUAGAGGCUUUCAGUACUGCGAAAGAGUGUCGUAAGAUCUCUUCAUGUCGUGU